GUGUUGGAGAGGAGUGAACCGCUGCCUGAGAGAAGGGGAAAUGAGGCAAUUCCGUGACCACAAAGGGACUCAUGAUAAGCGGACUGAAAUGGACGUUACUGCACAACACAGACGGUGUUGUCCUUUGUGAAGAGGACUGCGUCGUCCACUCGGAAAGAUCCGGUAUAUGAAGAGUUAAGACUCGACAUCCCAACUGUUUAUUCCAGCAGCUAGCAGGCUAGCUGGCUAGAUACCUAGGAGCUAGAAAUUGGAAGACCGUGUGAGUUUGCUUGAUAAAGAUCUUCGUCGACCUUUGAAGAAGCUGUUGUUUUUAGACAUUGGCGGCGGCGAUUGGAAGUAUCCGUCGCCCGCCUCGCAAGUAGCCGCAACUUUGAAGAAUGAUAUCAACUGAGCGCUAAGCAUUUUACUACUACAGACCCGGAGAAGAAAAAGUCAGACAGGCCUGCUGGCUCGAGGUUGCACACAAACACCAAGAAGGGAGAACAUGACUCACUGGCCUCUGCCAGAGACUGGCACGGGGCAGCUGUGCCAACCUCGCCCCUGCCUGCCACUUUAGAAGAUACCCUGGUUAACCAUGACAGAGAGGCAUUGAGGUUAACUCCCUGACGAUCAUCUCAAUACCUCUCCUCCUCCCUAUCCCUCAAGACCCCCCCCCCACCCCUGCCCCGUCCCCAUCAUGCUGCGCUUCCUGCCUCUCAAACUUGGCCGCCUGUACCGCUGUCUGAAGCUCCUGUUGGUGGUGGGAUUGUUUGUCAUCUUGUUGAUGAACACCCACAACCUGUUUGCCUCCUUCCAGAAGAAUGAACUCACUGACAGACGCUUCAUCAACCUCAACAAAUGUCCCGCCUGCUUUGGCACCAGCUGGUGUCGCAAGUUCAUGAACGGCCAGGUUUCCUUUGAGACCUGGGGCCGCCUGCGAUUCCUAGACGUAUUCAAUGUCAAGAACGUUUACUUUGCCCAGUACGGUGAGCCCAGGGAGGGUACCCGCCGUGUGGUGCUCAAACGGCUCGGCUCCAACCAGGAGCUGGCCGAGAUAGACCAGAAAAUCUGCAAGAGGGCCACGGGCAGGCCGCGCUGUGACCUCAUCCAGGCGAUGUACAAGACUGAAUUUGCCCGGAUCAACGGUGACGUGCGUCUGCUCACCCCUGAGGUGGUGGAGGGCUGGUCAGACCUGGUGCACUGCCCCUCUCAGAGGCUGCUGGACCGUGUUGUCCGCAGGUAUGCUGAGACCAAAGACUCAGGCAGCUUCCUGCUCAAGAACCUCAAGGACACAGAGAGAAUGCAGCUGCUGAUGACCUUGGCAUUCAACCCCGAACCACUUGUACUACAGAGCUUUCCUUCAGACGAAGGGUGGCCAUUCGCCAAGUACCUGGGAGCAUGUGGGCGUGUGGUAGCUGUCAACUACGUGGGCGAGGAGCUGUGGAGCUUCUACAACGCACCCUGGGAGAAGAGGGUCGACUUGGCGCGCCAGCUGAUGGACAUCGCCGAGCAGCUCACCAACAACGACUUUGAUUUUGCCCUCUACCUGCUCGAUGUCAGCUUUGAUAACUUUGCAGUCGGCCCACGCGAUGGAAAGGUUAUCGUUGUUGACGCCGAGAACGUUCUCGUGGCAGACAAAAGGCUGAUCAAGCAGAACAAGCCAGAAAACUAUGACGUGUGGUAUGAGAGCCGCUUUGAGGAGUGCGACAGGGAGGCCUGCCUGUCUUUCUCCAAGGACUCUCUUUGUUCCAGGGUCACUGUGGACCACAACUACUAUGCUGUUUGCCAGAACCUGCUAUCGCGGUACGCUACGUGGCGGGGCACCACUGGAGGCCUCCUCCACGACCCUCCCGCCCACAUAGCCAAAGAUGGACAACUCGAGGUUCUGUUGGACGAGUGCACCAAACCCAAAAAGCGCUACGGCCGCUUCCAGGCGGCAAAGGAACUGCGCGAAUACCUCACACAGCUAGCUGCCGCUUCCUCCUCUGCUACGGCCAGGUAAUGAAUGGAGUCGGCGUUAGCCUUAAGCACUGAGAGACUGGAUCCUGUACUCUUUAUCUCUGGACUCUUAAGAUCCUGGUUCUUGUACAUGAUGUCAUUCGCUCCCUUUUGUGCGCUGGAGCAGGAAGGUGUUAGAGGUCUUGCAUCAGGAAGUGUAAGAAUCAAACUUCAAAGCAGAUUUGUUAAAGCUCAAGCUUUUACCUGACUUUGCUCCUGUGUGAAAGAGGAGUGUGGCGCUAAGAGAUUCUGGUUAGAACCAGGAUAGAGAAGGGAUAGAAGUAACUUCUCCUCUACCAGGGUGGUCCUGCCAUCUCUUUGGGGGGGGGGGGCUCUGGUGAACGCACCCUUCACUGGACCCAGGCUAACGCAAACCAGAGCGUCCAGGCAAACAACAGCAGCAACAUCACUCAGCCCUGAACACAUCCAUCCUGCCGUUCACUCCUCGAUUCAUCAGAACUGUUGUGUUUUAUAACAUUAAACCCUAACACCUGUUUCAUUAUGCCCCCAGGAUCUCUUGUUGGUUUUUUUAUUUCAUUUUAUUUUUCCAGGGCUGAAUUUAAGUAGAUUGGUGCGUUUACAUUUUUGCUGUGCCAUGGCUUUUUUUUUUCCUCUGUAGCAUGGCUGCAGGGAAGGUGGAGGUAGCAUGAAUCUCCCAAUUUCAGGCAGCAGGGAUGGCCGAGCUACUGCGGGUAGAGCAGAGAGAGGCAGGGGGUUGGGUUUUGGCUUUUCAAGAAAAAGAAAACCCUCGACGGCUAUAUAAGUCCAAUUUCCUGCUACUUCAAUCAAUCACUCGAUUUCCAGGUUCCAGGAUUGUGGCAAUCAUCUUUAUGUUUUUUGUUUUUUGUUUUUUGGAGUGUUUUAUUUUUCCCUUUUAAUAGGAACCAGAGAGAGUGAAAAAGUGGUACAUAGGAAAAGGAAAGGGGUAAUUGGACAGUGGUGACCCCUUGAUGCAGAUGUGCCUAUACCAAAGAGGCUGUAUGUAAUAUUAAAAACCCCGAGCAGUACAGUGACAGCACCUUUCCCUCCAGUUGUUCCCCACUAGAGCUGUCCAAAGGAACCUUAAUGUGUACACAAUCUUCUUAUGAGCCAGCAGGCCGGCAACUGACUUUCUCCUCAGUACCAAGACAAAGAUUGCCAAUACUUCCUCUCACACAAGCCCCAAUGCUUUGCUAAUAUCCCUUAGGAUUGAUAAAUGAUGAUGAGUUCGGCCCAAACACAUUUCUCUGCAAUAAGGUUGAAAAGGCUUAACUUAAAAAAAAAAAAAAAAGAAAAAACGGGAAAAUGAAGUGAUUCUUAAGAGGACUGAAAAACACCAUAAAACUGGCCUCCAGUGCCAGAUUCUCUUUCUAAAUGUCUGUAAUCGAUAAACGAAUCCUGUUGUUAAACGUCUCCCACCAGUCUUGGGUGCCAUAAGCUCUAUCAAGCAAAUGGUGUAAUAAAGGGAAUGAACAGAUCCUAUUUUUUUUUUUUUUUUUUUCCUUGCUCCAGAACCGGCUUCUGACCUGUACCUUUAGGUUUUGCAGGCCCGGAAUUUCAGUUGAAUAUUUAAACACUAAUGCACCGCUUAGUGGUCGGGUUGAUUUUACAUUCGGAGGACCAGCUAAUUAAAGCAUAAUCCCAAAUAUAGGUUCAUUGGGGAAUAGAUUAUUAGAAAUCUUCCUCAACGUUUAAAAAAAGAAAUCCCCCCUUCUCACCCCAUAUGUUGCGUACGUCAUCUGUCUUGAAGUUGUGACUCAGACUCUUAAAGUCCCAGUGGAGUGUUGUGUAGCACGGUCAAUGAACAGGCCAAUAAUCUAGUAAAUAUGAGUCACUCAAACAUCAGAGCCGUUGCUUUUGGUCUCCUGCAAGGCCAAGAGAGCUGAUGUGACCCCUGUCAGUUUGGAAAAGCAAUAAAGAGAGGUUUGGCUAAUGUAUUUCUGGUUUUGGAGCAUCCCCCUCCUUUGUUGUUAGAUAUAUUUCUGUUUUUCCCCUGUCUGGAGGAACCUGGAGGGAUUUGUACGUGCAUAACUAACUGUUCACUUUUGUACUGUAAUUUUUCUUUUGAGUAUUAUAUCAGCAUUGUCUGAUUUUUCCUGUGCCUUUCAUUCAAAAGUUGUAUUGACAACUUUUAGUGGGUUUAAAUAUUAAAAUAA